AUGCUGUGUCUGGAGACCAGCCGGCCACGAAAGCCCAGCGCGAGUCCCCCGGCCAGCCUGAUGGAGAGGGGCCUGCGGGCCCUGCGGGCGGUGGCCGACCGGGACCGCCACGCCCUCGAGUGCAGACUCGGCGGGAAACAGAGCGUGCUCAGCGAGUCGGCUCACGCCGCGGGCUGGUUCUACCGGCGGCUGCAGAGUGACUUGAAGCAGGACUCCAGCCCCGAGGACACGAGCUUCAUGCUGGAGGUGGAGUCGCUGCGGAAGAUGUUUCUCCAGCGACCCGACUGCCCCCAGUUUUGCACGCGAGCCACGUCCAUGUCCCAUUACGGUUCGGCCACGGCAGUCACUUCGCCCCAGGAGGUGUGCGUUGGCUCUGAGGCCUGGAAGGUGACCGAGGACUCACCCUCCAGCCGGAACGGCUCAGACACGCAGGUGGACGGGCACCUCCUCCCCUUCAGCAAGAGCGCCUGCGAGUUCCAUUACUUGCGGAAGAAGAGUGAGUCCCAGACGUGGAGCCCGGUCAUCGGCAGCCCAGUCCUGGCGCAGAGCCACAUGAAAAAGCGGAUACCAUGGUACAUCUCCGUCAUCCAUGAGAAGGACCACUGCCUGUCCUCACUGGGGGAGGAAGUUCGGCGCCUCUCCGAGCUGGAGGUCCAGGUUCAGAAGAAAGAUGAGGAGAUCCUGGCACUCCAGGAGGAGAGGGAGGCCCUGAGGAAGCAGCUGCAGGGCCUCCUCAAAGGCAAAGGCCAGGCCGUGAAGGUGAGCGGAGCGCCCGGCAGGCGGGAGCCGCCCGCCAAGUCGGCAUCAAAGCUGCACGGGAAGCCGAGCAUCCCGAAGGCCUUCUGCUGGGAUGAGAGGGUGCUGCAGCGCUGGAGGCAGAUGCAGGAGGAGUAUGCCGCGGCGGACAGAGGCCGGGACCUGGAGGCGGGCGGUGAGGAGGAAGAAGGCCUGGCAGGGGAGGACGAGAGGCCCGCGGAAGAUGGGGCGCAGGGCAGAGCUGGCGGACAGGCGGCGGUGCCGGGGGACGGGGACGGGGACCAGCUGGAGCAAGGGGAUCUGGAGGAGGAAAAGGAGGAGCUGGGGGACCAGGACAGCAGCCGGAGGGCCUGCUCACUGGACGAGGCGUUUGAGGAGGAGCUGAUGGCCCAGCUGGAGGAGUACGAGCAGGUGAUCCAGGACUUCCAGGCGGAGCUCGAGAGCACCAGGACCAGAUACUCCCUGGCGACAGGAGCCAUCCUGUCUUUACAACGACAAGUGGAUUUUCAAGAGUCGCAGCUGCAGAAGGUCAACACGGAGAACGAGCUGCUGCAGAAAGAGCUGCGGGAGCGGAAGCAGCAGCUGCAGGCCAUGACCGACAAGUUCUCCAACAUCCGAGAAGACAAGAAGCAGCAAGAGGUGACGGGACUCACUGAGAAGGACAACCUCAUCCUCCGACAGCAAGUGCGGGAGCUGGAGCAGGAACUCGCCAAGCGGGAACGUACCAUCUCGGAGUUCGAUGCCAAGGUCAGCCAGCUGCAGGCCCAGCUGAGCCAGAGCCAGAAGCUCCUGCAGAGGCAGCAGCAGCUGCAGGAGGAGGUGCAGAGCAAGACGGAGAUGGCCCAGCAGGCUGAGCAGCAGGCUCGUGUGGCCCUGGAGAGUGCCCAGUCCAGGCUUGAAAGACUGAGGAACAAGGUCAUCCAGGCCACCUUUAGCACCUUAGGGACUAAGACCUUUGCCACUGAGAUCUCUGACAAUGACAUCCUGGACGCCUUGCAGAGAAUCAUCUCGGAGAGGACCGACUACUACAACCAGCUGAAGCAGAAAGGUGUCAAAGUGCCCCCCCUGCAGCAGUCGGAGGUCUUGUCCUCCCCCAGCAAAUCCAAGAAGGCGACCGCCUCCAAGUAGUCCCAGCCCGCGCACGCGGGGACCCAGCCGGAGGCGGCCGGGGGGCCCGCCUUUGCACUGACUCCCAAUUAAACCCUGUUGUCCGCCACGGUCUCACCUUUUUCUCCCCCAGGACUCACAUGGGGAGCUUGGGCUGUAUCGACACCGCCCCCCCCCGCCCCAUUUCAAAAUUCACUCUGAGGUCAGAGCAUGACCCAGCACCCGUGGCCCCUUCCUGGGGCGACCCCACACUGAGCGGUGUCCCCUCCGGUGGUCUCAGGUGUAGGAAGUCCAUCUACCGCAUUCAGUUCCCACCCCACACAGGUCAUCUCCCCUGCCGCACACGCCUCUGAGGCCCCCUGACGCGUGCGCCCCCUGCCUGGGGCCCGGCCUUGCUGGCGCGGCCCCUCUGGGAGACGGUGGGUAGGGUGGUGGGUAGGAUGGGACCGCUGUCCCCACCACCGCUCGUGGGACGGAAUUCCAGGAGGGCAGGCCCCGAGCCUGAUGCUCACAGACGUCUGCGUCAGGCCCACCGCAGGCGCGUGCGGAAUGCAGGAGGCCGUCGGGGCGUUUCUCACCGCGCUCCGCCCACACCUGCCCA